AUGUUUCGAAGUGCUCGGUUCCUGCAAAACUUGAAGCCUCAUUUGCGUCAGAUCCACACGGCCUCAUCACAUCAAGGACUUCGCAGAAACACUGGUGUUGUUUUAGCCAUCGCCUCGACAGCAGUAGCCGGUUCAGCUUUGUGGCUUUCUGCGGGCGUAAUUCAUAAUGAUUCUGCAGUCCAAAGUUUAAAUGCGGACAAACCCAAAAUAAUUGCCGUUACAGUAGAAAAGCCCGAGGACCCAGACACUCUUUAUUCUUUGGUAUGGGGAUCUAAUGCGAAUAAGACACUUUCACCUGCCCUAGCUAGGGAUGCUGCACUUCGUACACCUGUGAUUGCACAUUGGUUAGAUGGCAUUGCACUCAGAGACUUACAGCUUCAUCAAACACACGCAGCAUGCGUUGAUGCUCGUGGUGAUGUUUAUCAGUGGGGUAGUGGCUUCUACGGUGAAGCUUUCUCUGGAGCACACCUUCCUAAGCUUACCCUUAGAGGCAAAAAUAUUGUGCAAUUGCAGCUCACCGAUGACAAAAUAUAUGCACUGUCUGCCUCUGGAAAGGUGUAUUCUCUCUCCAGCCAAUUCAUGAACCAGGAAUUACUUCCAGGGUCACCUACUCCCUCCAGUGACUCGUGGUGGGGGACUGGUUGGUUGUGGGGCGAAGAUGAGACGACAGAUUAUGUCCAGAUUACACCAACAGAGAAACUCAGCUGGCGAGAAUCAUUUGUAUCCAUUAAAGCUGGCCAGAAUCAUCUUCUUGGGCUGACUUCCAACGGACGCGUUUUUGCCCAUCCGGUCAAUAAACAGGCGAAUCAUUACGGACAGCUGGGCUUCAGUAAAUUCUCCAUUCCUGAUCCGGCUUCAGCAAUCACCAAGCAAGAAGCCCAUCUACAUGUAGAACUUGUCCCUAAAUCCCUUGCAGACCCUUUCGCCAACAGUUCUCGGGGCAUCAGAAUCAAAUCAACCACUUAUACAUCUGAAAAUUUGGCCAACGUUGACGACACAGGAAUCAGAUUCUGUCCAUACUUCUUCGAGAUACCUGUCCUUCGCGGAGUUCAGGGAGCCGAGAUUGCAGCUGGUGGGAGAACUAGUUUUCUUCGAACACAAGACGGACGGGUACUGGGUUGGGGUGCGAAUGAAUAUGGUCAAAUUGGUCUUGGGGCAAAUGUAGCUCUCGAUACCAUUACAGUUCCUACAGAAGUCGUUCUUUGGCGCUUCGUUCCUACCAACAUUCAGAGCAAGUGCCUUGACGUAUCCGCUGGAGGCGAUUUAACGUCGUUCAUCGUUGAACGCGAGGGCACUGCCCACACUCCAACCACAGUUGAUGUGCUCAUGUCUGGAAAUGGACAACACGGGGGACUAGGAAACAAUUUGUACACAAGCUCACAAGGAAAUCCAUCACGAGUAAAGGGUGUUAGUGGUUUACUACAAUACAGCGACCGCCUGGAUCGCCUUGAGCCAAUCAAACCCGAGGAGAUAUCAAUUUCUCCCUCUGGACACGUUCUUCUAGCACUUAACACUUCUGCUGAAUCAGGAGUCGGUGGGCGCGAUCUUAUGGUUUGGGGUAGAAACUACGACUCUGAGCUAGGCAACGGGAAAAAAGCGAGUUUGGUUAUCCCAACGGCGUUGGAAAACAGUGAGGGUGAACGCUUCAUGCUCAUGAGUCGAACGGCGAAGGAGGUAAAAGACCUGCACGGAAAAGUUUGGAAAAAGGGCGUCAAGGUUGAACAACGUGCUGUGGCUGGAUAUUCAAACAGCGUUAUUUACUGGAAGAUUGUAGAGUAA